GUUGACCUUAGUAAUAAUAAUUUUGAUAAUUUUCCACAAGUUCUUGGGAAAUUAUCAAAUAUUAGAACAUUAUGGAUGUUUUAUAAUAAUUUGAAUAAAUUAAAAGGAAUUGAAGGAAUAAAACAUCUCAAUCAAUUAAAAUUACUUCAUAAUAAAUUUACUCAAAUACCAAAACAAAUAUUUAAUUUAACAGAACUUUGUUCAUUAGAAUUAGAUAAUAAUUUAAUUAGAAAAAUACCACCAGAAAUUAAAGAAUUAAAAAAACUUAAAGAAAUUGCAUUUACUGAUUGUUUAAUUCAAAGAAUUCCAGAAGAAAUUGUAGCACUUUCUAAUCUUCAAGAACUUGUUAUUGUUAGAAGUAGAGUUAAUGAAUUUCCAACAUUUUUAAGAAAAAUGCCAAAGAUUUCAAAUUUAAUUAUUACUGACUCAUUAAUUACAGAAGUUAGUUGUACAUUAAAUAACUGUUGUAUAAUGUUAGAAAAUAAUAAAUUAACAGAAAUAAAAUGUACACCAAAUGACAAUGUAUUUACAUUAAAUCUUUGUAAUAAUCAUUUAAAAAAAAUACCAAAUACAACAGAUCUUCAAACAAUUCAUGAAUUAUAUCUUACUAAUAAUUUCAUUCAACAAAUAGAACAAACUGAAUUACAUUCAAACCUUAAAAUUUUAACAUUAGCUUCAAAUAAAUUAACAUCUUUUCCAGAAAAAGGAAUUAGUUAUAAUAAAUUAAAAGAAUUAAAUUUAAGUAAUAAUGGAAUUUCACAAUUACCAAAUAAUUUAUUUACAUUUCUUCCAUAUUUAAAAAUACUUAAACUUGGUAUUAAUCAAUUAACAACAAUACCUACUUCACUUGGUAUUUUAAAUCAAUUAGAAGAAUUAAAUUUAUCACAUAAUAAAUUAACAGAAUUUCCAUUAAAUAUAUUAAAAUUAACAUCAUUAACAAAUUUAUAUUUAACACAUAAUUAUAUUUGUGAUUUACCUAAAAAUUUAAGUCAAUUAAAUAAUCUUCAAGUUGUUGACUUUUCAAGUAAUAAUAUUAUUUCUGCACUUCCUCUUAUUAAAUGUACAACAAUUAAAUCACUUUCAAUGGCAUUUAAUAAAAAUCUUCAUAUUCCAUCAGAAUUAACUCUAAUGAAACAAUUAAAAAAUAUUAAUUUUAUUGGAACAUUACCUGAAAUAAAAUAUCCUCUUAAUGUAAAUUUUAUUAAACAAUUAAAUAUCUUUGAAAUAUCAUGUUUUAAUACAGAAAAAAGAGAUAGAAAUAAACCACAAACUAUCAUUCAUACUCCUUUAUUAUUUUUAAAAUCUGCUUAUUGUAAUCAACUUAAAUUACCUUUAUCUUCUCCUCAAUUUGAAGAAAAUUCAUUUGAAUGUCCUGUUGAAAUUGGUAUAUCAAAUAUGUGUGGUAAAAGAGAUUCAAUGCAAGAUACAUCAGUUGUUAUUACUAAUUUUUUAGGAAUUGGAUUUCAUUUAUUAUCAUUAUUUGAUGGACAUAGUGGAAUUUAUUCAAGUUGUUUUUGUGCUUCACAAUUCCCUAAUUGUUUUGCAAAUAUUUUAUCUAAAAAUCCUCAACAAUCAAUUGAAGAUGCAUUAAUUCAUUCAUUUAAAGAAAUGAAUCAAAAAAUUAAUGAAUAUAAAUUUAAUGAUGGAACUGCUGCAAAUGUAGUAUUAAUUACUCCUCAAAGAUAUUUUAUUGCUAACGUUGGUGAUUCAAGAUGUAUUCUUGUUAAAAAAGAUUCAAUUAUUAUAUUUAAUGAAGAUCAUACUAUUAAUAAUCCUGAUGAAGUUCAAAGAAUUCGUAAAUUAAAUGGAUUUAUUGAUCAUUCUAAAGUUAAUGGUGAAAUUGUCUUAACUAGAACUUUAGGUGAUAUUCAAUGUUCAUCAGUUUGUAGUUGUAUUCCACAAAUUACUUGUCAUGAAAGAGGAAUAGAUGAUAUAUGUAUUGUAUUAUGUUGUGAUGGUGUUUUUGAUGUAUUAUCAAAUGAAUCAGUUGGAGAAAUUUGUAGAAAAAAGUCUAAUGAAUCUGCACCAGUAUUAUCUUCAUUAAUAAGAGAUAUUGCAUAUAACAAUGGAUGUAAAGAUAACAUUAGUUGUAUUGUUUGUAAACUUAUGUCUUAA